CUGCCCCUAUUUUGCCUUUCUUUCCAGAUUUGUCUUCUUCUCAUAGCAACUCUUCUGCCUUCUAAAGCGAUGGAAGAUUUUUCGUUGCCAGUUUUAGUUAAUAGCAUUACUUUUAAUUCUCCUAACAGUAAUAAAAAUAAUCUUAACACCAACCAUAUUAAUACUCAAAUGCAUCAUCAUAAAGAUCAGAUGUUGGCUGCUGGUAGCACACCGAGUACAACGGCUUUCUUGUAUGAGGCACAAUCAGCCGCCAAGCCCGAAAUGACUAUGGCUAAAAGUGAUUACGCGACAUUCACAAGUUGUAUCCAACAGUCCGCUUUGUUAGAUCACCGAGUUGAUACUAAUUUGGAAACUAAUUUAGAUGGAGCCGUUUCGCUGGGUGGUCUAGGAUUAUGCGACUUGAAAUUUGCGAAUACUAGUAAUUUAAUGGGCGGUAAUAAUACUACCGUUUUAUGUACGGAUGUGAAUAAUUAUAAACAUUUACCACCGCUACCGAUAAUAGAAUCUAAUAGUUUAUUUGCGACUAGCAAUGGAGGCGAAUUAACCAAGGGUUCCGCGUCUCCAACGAGCAUAACUGGUAAUUUGCAGGCUACAUUUUCAAAUAUUGUUCAUUUUAAUCGAGACCCGUUGCCGGAAGAGUUACCUUCUACGCAAUCGCAUUACGUAACCUUUAAGGAGAGUGAAGAAUCAAACACUGCCGAACAUCCGCAAAAAAUUUUGGGUAAUGUCAAUACACAAAUGCCACCACCGCCAUCGACUGGUUCAACGGACGAAAAUUGCGGAGCCGGUUUAAUGGAAUUUACCAUAGAAUCCACCGAUAAGUCACCAAACCUCAAUAAUCUACAUGAAGAAAAUGUAGUUGUUAAUGUAACAGCCGCAAAUGCUCCAACAAUAGCAGCAAUGAUAAAAAAUACUGCCAAUACAAAUACAACUGUUAUUACGACAAUGGCUUCUAUUGCUACUACAACAAGUAAUAUUAAUGUAAAUUUACAGCAACAACAGCAGCAACAAAAUGUAAGCUCGUCGGUGCACAGUGUUGAAGAAGUCGGCCUUAACUCUAUGGCCACAACACGUUCAUCAUCAUCUCUAUCAGGCAUCUCUUCUUCGGCGGUUUCAUCCAUAGCAUCUCCAAGCUUAAAUCCUUCGCCAUCCUCUGUUGCUAAUGUAUUAUCCACAGCUACUUCAGUACCUACACAACUACAACAACAACAACAACAACAACAACAACAACAUGAUAAUCACCAUCCUAGAUCUGUGCAAACCGAUCAACAAAAUCAUCAAAAUUGUUCAAAUAUUAGCACCGAUAGUAAUGACGAUUCGCUUUCAUCAUCAGAAGAAUUUUUAGAAAUGGAUUUAAACGGGAGAGCAAGUGCUGGUAAGUAGUCAUAGUAAUUAAUUUUUUUUUUGCAUA